AAAAAAAAAUCACAAUAUGGAUAUGUCACAGAAUCUACUAGCGUUGUGCUUCAGUCUCUGCCUUGCAGCUUCAUUGGUUCAUGGCAAUAGUAGCAAUGAAAGAAAGCCAUAUAUUGUCUACAUGGGAGACCUGCCUGGAGCCGAAAUUUCGGUUGCUGAUGAGCAUCACAACUUGCUUUUGACGGCAAUUGGAGAUGAAUCUAUAGCCAGAGAAUCCAAAAUAUAUAGCUAUGGAAAGAGCUUCAAUGCAUUUGCAGCCAGGCUAUUACCUCAUGAAGUGGAAAGACUAUUAGAGAAAGAGAAUGUGAUGUCGGUGUUUGCAAACACUAGGAACAAACUUCACACAACUAGAUCAUGGGAUUUUCUAGGAAUGACAGAAACUGUAAACAGGAGACUCAAAUUGGAAAGCAGCAUCAUAGUGGGUAUGAUGGAUACUGGAAUUUAUAUGAAUUGUCCCAGCUUCAAUGAUGAAGGUUAUGGGCCUGCCCCUCUUAAAUGGAAGGGAAAAUGUGUAACAGGAGCCAAUUUCACUGGUUGCAACAACAAGGUAAUUGGUGCAAAAUACUACAACCUGGAUAACAUUGAUCCUGGGUUUCAAGAAAACCAAAGUCCAGCAGAUGACGAUGGCCAUGGCACACACACUUCCUCCACUGUUGCAGGUGUUGCUGUGAAGGGUGCAAGCUUAUAUGGUAUAGCUAAUGGAACAGCCCGCGGCGGUGUACCUGCAGCUCGUAUUGCCAUCUACAAAGUAUGCUGGGGAGGUGGCUGCACAGACAUGGAUUUACUGGCUGGUUUUGAUGAUGCAAUAGCUGAUGGUGUAGACAUAAUAUCAGUUUCAAUUGGAGGAAACCCCAGGAAAUAUUUUGAGGACCCAAUUGCCAUUGGAUCAUUUCAUGCCAUGAAGAAGGGUAUAUUGACUUCAUGUUCAGCUGGGAAUCAAGGGCCUAGUCCAUCAACUGUGCAGAAUGUUGCACCAUGGAUCAUGACAGUUGCUGCAUCUACCAUUGAUAGACAGUUCAGGACUGCACUCAAGCUGGGAAAUGGCAUGGAAGCUUCUGGACUAACAAUCAGCACAUUUUCACCAAAGAAGGAGAUGUACCCUUUAACAAGUGGAGCCCAUGCAGCUAAUCUUAGUGGAAAUAACUAUGGAAAUGCCAGUGCUUGUGAUUAUGGGACACUGAGCAUGGACAAUGUGAAGGGAAGAAUUGUUUACUGCCUUGGGGACAGUGGCCAAGAUUACACCAUUAGAGAGCUAAAAGGAGCAGGAGUAAUCAGUUCCACUGGUGCACAAUCAGACACUGCUUUAACCACUCUAAUACCAGCUACUAUUGUCAACCUCAAUGAGGGCCACAAGAUAGAUCACUACAUUAACACAACUAAGAAUCCUCAGGCUGUUAUCUAUAAGACCAGAACUGUCAAAGCUAGUGCUCCUGCUUUGGCAUCUUUUUCAUCUAGAGGACCUCAAUCGAUCACCCUCAACAUUCUCAAGCCUGAUCUCGCUGCGCCAGGGCUAGACAUAUUAGCUGCCUACACUAGACUGGCAACAAUAACAGGGGAGCCAAAUGACAAGCGAAUUUCCGCAUUCAACAUUAUAUCAGGAACAUCUAUGGCUUGCCCUCAUGCUGCUGCAGCUGCUGCCUAUGUCAAGAGCUUCCACCCUGACUGGUCGCCUGCUGCGAUCAAAUCAGCUCUGAUGACUACUGCCACACCUUUGAAGAUCAAAGAUGACUUGUCAGACUUGGGAUCUGGAUCAGGCCAAAUAAACCCAAGAAAGGCAUUGUACCCUGGCCUUGUCUAUGACAAUUCAAUGAGUUCCUACAUUAGUUUCCUAUGCAAGGAAGGCUACAAUAGCACAACCAUUGGUCUGCUAAUUGGUGGCAAGAAAAAAUACAAUUGCUCCGACUAUAAACCUGGACAAGGCACUGAUGGCAUCAACUAUCCUUCAAUGCACGCACAGCUCAAAACUAUUAACUCCAGAAUUUCGGCGGUGUUCUACCGGACGGUGACCCAAGUAGGGUAUGGAAAAUCAGUGUAUAAAGCAACUGUGACAUCUCCAAAGUAUCUUUCAAUCAAAGUUGUACCAGACACUUUGACAUUCACUGUAUUGCACCAAAAGCAAAAUUUCAAAGUUGUAGUUAAGGGUGGUCCAAUGCCAAAUGGGACACAGAUCCUGUCAGCUUUGCUCGAGUGGAAUGAUUCCAAGCACAGUGUCAGGAGCCCUAUUAUUGUCUUCCAACCCUUCUAUUAUUAGGCCCCUUUAGUUGAUUUUUUCCGGUGAUAGCUAGUAGGCUUAAUUUGUGAUUUGCUAACUAGACUGCUAAAUUUAGUUUCUGAGUAGUAUCUAUUCCUUAGGCAAUAAAAUUUCUUAACAGUUUGAUCUAGCAAUCAUUUUGUCAAAGUUCCCUCGAAUUUCUUUCUUCUUCUUCUUCUUUUUGUGAGAUGUUUGCCUAUCAUCUGAGGCCUCUGGAGUUUGGGUUGCAUAAUGAUCAGUACUUCCUAUGUAACAAACAACGUUGAAGGAAUUCUAACGUGAAAUUCUUGCUCGGAAGUGUUAUAAUUUGAAAAUAUCACAAGCUUUAAAUUAAAUUAGAAGUGAUUAAGGAUCUCGACACAACAAAGGGUAUCUUGUC